UAUGAAGUUAUGACAUAUUUUCUCAUUUAACAGGUUAAAAUAUGGUUUCAAAAUCACAGGUAUAAAUGCAAGCGUCAAGCAAAGGAAAAGGCGAUGGCAGAACAAAGCCAACAAAAUCAGACUUCCAGUUCACCGAGACGUGUAGCAGUACCAGUUCUCGUAAAGGAUGGUAAGCCAUGUUCGGGUAAUAGCAGUACACCACUAUCUCAACAAGCUGGUACAGCUAGUAAUACAAGUAAUACCAGUAAUAACAACACUAACAUAAAUGAGAAUAUCAGUACCACGGAAGUGAAUAACAGCAUAACUAGUGGUUUAAAUCUUAUAACGGGUGAAACUACUAACUCCCAUUCUCCAGAUACAUCAAACUCCCUUAUUGCGAGCUAUAAUGGAACGAUUGGAAGCCACAAUCAAAUUCAACAGCAAUCAUGCAAUAAUUCUAUAAUGUCAAACAGUUUAGCCAUGGCAUAUCGCAAUCAAAAUAAUUUUAUUUCAAACGGGCAUCAGCAGCAGUGUACGGGUUACUUACCUCUCCAAGGUAGAGCGUGGUAAAAGUGAAAAAAAUUAAGUAAAUCAAUAAAUAGUUCACGAACAAAAAAGAAAUAUAUAAAUAAAUUCCGCAUAUAAAAGAGGUGUCUACUAAAUUCACAUUAGGAUGAAUGUAAAUUUUAUCGCAGUCGCAUUUAACACUGAUAAAUUAAUGAUUUUUUGUAAAUGUUACGCAACUAGCAUAUUUAUGCAAAUAAACAUCAGUUUUAUAGAUAUAUGGUA